CAAGAGACGGUUGAAGAACUCAGUGCCGACGGCACUCCUCUUGUGUCCUACCCGGUGCAGUCAUUUGACGGUGAAGGCUCUUCAAACGAGGAGGCUGGUGAGCGACCCGACGUGCCGAACCGAGCCAAGGAAUCUAACGUGCCGAUCCAUGCUGAUGCAGGUAUGCCGCUAACCGAAUCGUUCCAAACCACCGACAUUCCUGACGCCGAUGGCUUGGACGAGGUUCCUCAGAGACCAGAUGUGGGCAAGUGUGCUGAUGACGACGAAGUGGAGCACGAGCCAGUUGGAGGUUCAGCAGCCGGCGCAGGUCUCUCCGAGCAUGACACCUCAACUACCAGCGCCCACCCGGGUACGACCGCAACUCAAGAGCCAGCCGAGGAGGGCUCUUUACAGGGAGACGCUGUUGAGAAACCCACUGCCGAGGGCAACGAUACAGUGUGCAAUGUAGCGAGCGGUUCAGUAGACAUGCGGACAACCGAAGCCGAUCAGGAUGCUCACCGGCCCACAAGGGAUCCGGCUGUGCACGCAUCGAUUGUGGGGGCACCAGAUCGCGAUGGAGAAGCUGAGCGUAAACUAGUCGAUGACUCUAUUCCUCCGGCAGAUCUCUCUUCGCCUGUGGAGCAGAGCACUUCCACUAAGGACGAUACCACUACCACAACUCAGGAGGCUGCCGGUGAGGGUUCGUCACACGAAGAGACCGUUGAAGAACCCACUACUGACGGCGCUCCUCUUACGCCCUCCCCGAUGCAGUCGUUUGAUAGUGAAGGUCUAAUUCAAGACGAGGAGACUGCUGAGCGACCCGACGUGCCGAACGGAGCCGAGGAAUCCAACGUGCUGAUCCGAUGA